AUCUUUCAGCCUCGUACAAAAUCCAAUACACCAAGUUGUGUUCAUGGCCUUGCCAUGGAGAAGCCGUAAAUCAAGCCAGAAGACCAAGCCAGAAAAGAGCGUUUCUCGCACGGAGAUCUCGAUCCCGAUGCACUUCUUGUGCCCGAUAUCGUUGGAGCUGAUGAAGGACCCGGUGACGGCGUCCACGGGGAUCACCUACGACCGGCAGAGCAUCGAGACGUGGCUGGGGCUGGGGAACACGACGUGCCCGGUCACGAACCGGGAGAUGGAGAACGAGGAGCUCAUCCCGAACCAUUCGAUCCGGAAGGUGAUACAGGAUUGGUGCGUCGCCAACCGGUCCCUGGGAGUCGAGAGGAUCCCCACACCUAAGAUUCCCGUGACCGGAUCCCAGGUGGCGGACAUGAUGUCGGAGAUCGGUGAGGCCACCCGGCGUGGCGACCGUGCUCGGUGCGAGCAGUUGGUGGUGAAGGUCAAGAACUUGGCGAGCGAAAGCGAGCGGAACAGAAGGUGCUUCGCGUCGAAUGGCAUGAACGGAGUUCUGGUCGCCACCUUUAACGCAUUUGCCGGUGCAUCUUCCGAGUCGCCGGCGGCAGAGAUUUUGGAGGAAGCCUUGGAGGCAUUGGCGACGCUGUUACCGCUGGGCGAGGAAGCUGCUUCCCGCAUCGGAUCGCCCGAGUCCCUGAAUCGCCUCGUGUCGAUCUUGCAGCAUGGAAGCUGGGCUGCAAGGCUCAAUGCGGCUUUGGUGGUGAAGGAGCUUCUUGCAUCCAACGGAGCGGGAGCAGAUGUCAUCGCCGGGACCAAGGGGCUGGUGGAGGCGUUGGCUAAGCUCGUCGAAGAGCCCAUAUCCCCUCAGGCAGCGAAGGCUUCUCUCGUCUCCAUCUUCUAUAUGAUUAACCGCGACGAGAGGGCCGCGUCAAGAGUAGUCGAUCUGGGGCUGGUGCCUGUGCUCAUAGAGGUCCUUGUCGGCCCCGAGAAGAGCAUGUGCGAGAAAGCACUGGCCGUGCUCGACGUGCUGCUGGGCUGCGGGAGCGGCAGGGAGAAGGCCUACGGCCACGCGCUCACGAUGCCGGUGCUGGCGAAGAAGAUGUUCCGCGUGUCGGACAUGGCCACGGAGUUGGUCGUCUCGGCGCUGUGGAAGCUCUGCAGGGACGACGAAGUGGGGGGAGAAGGGAGAGGGAGAUGCUUGCAGGAUGCCCUACAAGCCGGGGCCUUUCAGAAACUCCUACUUCUACUGCAGGUUGGGUGCGGUGAGGCGACCAAAGAGAGAGCUACCAAUCUUCUCAAACUAUUGAAUGGUUGCAGGGGAAGGGAAGAAUGUGUCGACACCAUGGAUUUCAAGGGACUUAGAAAGCCUUUUUGAGUACCAAAUGGUCGAUAGGUAUAGAGGAAAGAUCAUAACAAAGAGAGCUUUUCUCGUCGUACUUUGUUUCGGUCGGGGGUGUGAUUCAGAUAUAUGUACAAAAACACAGAAGAGUGCUCCUGGUUUGAGGUACACAUACCACUUGUUACAUGUCAAGAAAAGAGAAGAGAGUGUUUGGUUGUCUUGCUUCUUUCCUUCUGUGCUUGCAAAUUCUAGCUGAGAUUUCAAGAG